UUCUCAAAAAACUAGUUCUAGAGUUGCAGCAGUGGUUGGAAAGAGAAAGAAGAAUAAAACAGCUUAGAACAUUGCAAUCAGACACUUCCGAAGUUAAACUAUUUGAAAAAGGAAAUCCUUCAGCCCCUUCCAUUCAGUUUUAGGUUUUUUGUUUUUCUUUUCCACUCAAAUCCUCAAUCAUGGCCACCAAGGUCAGGAGACCCUCCCAUGCUGGUUCUUGGUACACCGACAACCCUAAGCAGCUCUCAGAGGAACUUGAUGGGUGGCUGCAAUCCUGUGGUUUGGCUAAGUCUCCUGAGGUGCGGGGAGUGAUAGCACCACAUGCAGGUUAUUCCUAUUCAGGAAGAGCUGCUGCUUAUGCCUUUGGAAACAUUGAUCCAUCAAACAUUACACGCGUCUUCCUUCUUGGUCCUUCUCACCACUAUUACACUCCAAAGUGUGCACUUUCAACUGCAACUGUCUACAAGACUCCCAUAGGUGACCUGCCUAUUGAUUUGGAAGUUAUUGAGGAGCUUAAAGCUACAGGGAAAUUUGAACUGAUGGAUAUUCGUGUUGAUGAAGCUGAACAUAGCAUGGAAAUGCACCUACCAUAUCUUGCUAAAGUAUUUGAAGGGUACCAGGUGAAAAUUGUGCCCAUUUUAGUUGGUGCUGUUAGUGCUGAAAAUGAAGCUAUGUAUGGACAGAUUCUUGCCAAAUAUGUAGAUAAUCCCAGUAACUUCUUCUCUAUUUCAUCAGACUUUUGUCACUGGGGAUCUCGAUUCAAUUACAUGCACUAUGACAAGAAGCACGGGCCUAUAUACAAAUCUAUUGAGGCCCUAGACAAGAUGGGCAUGGAUAUCAUAGAAACAGGAGAUCCAGAUUCGUUCAAACAAUAUCUGUUGGAGUAUGACAAUACAAUAUGUGGAAGACAUCCAAUUAGUGUUUUUCUUCAUAUGCUGAGGAACAGCUCAACAAAGAUAAAAAUCAAAUUUCUUCGCUAUGAGCAGUCUAGCCAGUGCAAAAGUAACAGGGAUAGUAGUGUUAGUUAUGCAUCUGCAGCAGCAAAAACUGAUGAAUCAAGCUCCAGUUGAAGGUCUUCAUUUAUGUGGCAUUCAGCAUUGUCAUUUCCUUUAAAUCGACUAUUUAUAUUUAAGCUUUGAACAUUUGGAUAUUAUGUUCCAUGUUUAUAGAUCAUUCUCACUAACAUAUAUCACUUGUCUUUAGCCCGGGGAAGUUGUCAAAUAAUCAAAUUCUUUUACACUAA